AUGGGGAAAGUACACGGAUCUUUGGCACGUGCGGGGAAGGUGAGAGGACAGACGCCGAAGGUAGCGAAGCAAGACAAGAAGAAGAAACCUAGAGGACGUGCUCACAAGCGUCUUCAACACAAUCGCCGUUUCGUUACCGCCGUAGUUGGUUUCGGUAAGAAGAGAGGACCCAACUCGUCUGAGAAGUAGAAGCCAUUUCUGUGACCACCGUUCUGUUACAAGAUAGAGAUGCUGGAAAGAUACUUGACCUUUCUGUGAAAGGUUCUCGCAUAUGGCUAUUUUGUAACCUUUCUUUUGUUUUAGUUAAUGUUUUCGUUGGCACUAAACUUAUGUUUCUGUGAAAUGAAAUACAACUUUUUUUACCUCUGAAUCUUAAACACAAGAGUUUGAUUUACCUCUAGUUAAU